GGCUGGUCAUCUGGGACUGACGGACACAUUGCAAGUAACAGCCAGAGAUCAAGUCCUCUACAGGCAACAUCCUCCAGCUUUGGUUACUUUAUACCUCAAGACUCAUCCUUUGGGAACAUGAUCUUACCAGUCCUGCCACGCCUGGAACCAAAGUGAAGUGAUUGGACUCUAGAUGCCAAGUGUCUGAGAGUCUUUCACCAUGAUUAGGCUAAAGGAGCUGGAAUCAUGGUUGCAGGACCUUCAAGACUUUGAAACUCCCAAGGUGGCCCUGGAGCAAUAUCAGACACCACCUCACAUUGCUGCUCAUAUUGCCCACACCAUCCAGGCAUCAUUUGGAGACUUGGAGGGAAAGUUGGUAGCAGACUUAGGAUGUGGAUGUGGUAUGCUGACAGUUGCUGCUGCCAUCAUGGGUGCUGCUACUGUUGUUGGCUUUGACAUUGACAGUGAUGCCUUAAAGACCUGUAAAGAAAACCUGGAAGAACUAGAGAUUACAGCUGCUGAGUUGGUUCAAGCUGAGGUGCGACAGCUGGGCGUCUCAUGCUCUCGCUUCACCAAGCUCUUUGACACAGUACUACUCAAUCCACCUUUUGGUACAAAAUGCAACCAAGGAACUGAUCUUGAGUUUGUACAAGUGGCUCUAGAGCUUUCACAUGGACCAGUGUACAGCCUCCACAAGACCUCCACUCGGGCACACAUCAUUAAAACAGCAAGCCGCUGGGGAGUGAAUGUGCAGGUGCUGGCAAAGUUGCGCUAUGAUCUCCCCAACACUUACAAGUUCCACAAAAAGAAGUCUGUGGACAUUGAAGUGGAUUUCAUCAAAUUUACUGUUAAGUAAGAACCUACUCAUUGUUUCCACUUCUUUCUCUUCACCCAUGUAUUUGUGUGUCAUUCCUGGCUGUUAGGUUGCCAGUUUGCCGUGACAGUAAUGUUUUUUUUUUUUUUUUUUAAUAAUUCCUUGUCUAUUCUUUACUGCAGAGACAUGAAGAUAUUCAUGAUGUAACAUUUUGAUACAUCACACAGAGAUCAGUAAAGCUUUAAGUGUGUAACUUUUCAUUUUAUAUAUUGCCAACCAUACUUUUCCUUUAUAUAAGUAAGAGUAUGGUAGUCUCCAAUAAGCUCACCCAACAAAUGCAGAUGCCACCUACAUGUGUAUUCCAGGUCAGUAAUCUGUUAAUAAGCUGCACUCACUUUCACUGUGUGUAAUGAUUUCUUCAAUCUUGUCUUCUGCUCUGUUGAAAAUCUAUUAGUUAAUCAAAUAGUUGUCAGGUUAAGAGAUUUUCAGCACAUCUAAGGACAAAGUUAAGGAAAAGACAACUACAUUGGAAGUGAGUGCAGCAGAUUAAUCUACUUCUGAGCAUGAAUACAUUCUGCUAUGCCAUCCAGCACAUCACAUGAAUCACAUAUUCUUUACUGUCUCUUCCAUUGUUUUCAUCUCAUUCUCUUGUUACUGUUCUACAUCAAAGACUGACACAGACCUUACCUUCAUUCACAUGUCUCUUCAUUCCUUUGGAUAAAGUAAUGUGUUUGGUUCAGUUUUAAGUACACAUUUUUUUUGUAGUUGCUAGUCUUUCUGCAGUUUCUCUCUCACAUUUGGCUACAAUAUUGGUGUCAUGUAACACUUGUAUAAUGAUAUAUAAGUUAUAUGGAAGUAAAUUGUUUGUAAAACAAGUUCACAAGCCCAUGGUAUGCCAGUAUUGUAGCCUUACUGUAACAGGUAAUAUUCUUUCAUCUUAAAAUUUUAUUAUUGGAAUUAAUUGAAAAAUUUAUAUAUUUAAAAUUUAUUUUGUACAAUAACUUAUUACAUUUCAAUGUACUAAAGAAAACAUUACAUUAUUAAAUAUCUGAAUCAUAAAAUGAAUAUAAAAGUCAAAAAAAUAAAUUUGUACUUAAAUGACAACAAAGUAACAGACUAGAACAUUCUUGGAUUAGACAAAAACUAAAACCUAUUUCUAUCACCUGUUGCUUUACAGCUGCCACAUUGUUGUGGAAGUAAGACUAGAAUUAAGGUUAUCUUUGACAAGGAAUUCACAAAAUUUGAAUUUCAUUUGCCUUUGGACUAAAACUGAAUUAACGUAUUUGCAGAUAUAUAGGGUGCAUCCUUGUUUAACAAAGAUUAUGGACACAAUAAAUACAGGAUAAACUUUUCUACCUUUCAUGGAAAAAAAUGUAUUUUAUGUGAUAGUAAACACAGUAAUACUUUAUGCUGUGUGGCAUGAUGUGCUUCAUAUUAUAUUUUUCAUCCAUU